AUGUCUCCUAACCUAUUGCAAACUUACUCUGAAGCAAUUCAUGACAAAGGUGCCGCCUUGGAAAACUGUUUCGGCUUUGUUGAUGGAACGGUUCGUCCCAUAUCAAAACCAGGAGUCAAUCAGAGAGCUGUUUACAAUGGCCACAAGCGCGUUCACGCCCUUAAAUUUCAAUCCUUGGCCCUACCAAAUGGAUUGAUUUGCCAUCUGUUUGGACCAGUAGGUAAGGGUAUAUUCAUUCAUUUUUUAUGGUGGGAUAGUACCGUAGCUGUUUUUACUUGGAGAGACAUUUUUAUCACUUAUGUGAACUUAAAAGUUAGAUUGAUUUCUUUUCUCAUAAUGUUAAUCUGACGUUUCUUGAUGACUCCCUCCUGGUCUCUCAAAUCAGAGGUAUUUUCAGUAGCUCCCACUUUCAAUUGUUAUUAGAGGAAAUGGUUGUCCUGUCACCACAGACAAAUAAAUUAUAAAUUCUGACUUAUAGGCCAUAAGUACCUGGACUGUAAGAAUAAUAGCCAGCGAAUCCUAUGUUGUUUUUUGCCUACUCAAUUACUAAGGUAAUCAAUGGUCUAUAUAGGUAACAGUUUGUCAGCCAGCCAAUGUGUGACUGAUUGUGGUUCAAAAUUAAUUUUUUUGGCUCUUGUUCAGAGGGACGAAUGCAUGAUGCGAGAAUGCUAGACACAUCUGGCCUCUAUGUUGACCUGGCACAGUUCGCCUUUUCCCCUGCUGGACAGGAGAUGUGUAUCUACGGGGAUCCGGCAUAUCCUCUACGUACCCAUCUGCAGUGCCCCUUCAGAAAUGGGGUGUUUACAAGACAAAUGGAAGAG